GAGAGAGUUGGAUCAAGCCUGGACCUGAGGACACCAGAGACCAUGGUGGAGAGUGUUGGAUCAAGCCUGGACCUGAGGACACCAGAGACCAUGGUGGAGAGUGUUGGAUCAAGCCUGGACCUGAGGACACCAGAGACCAUGGUGGAGGGAGUUGGAUCAAGCCUGGACCUGAGAAAUGGAUUCCUCAGAGCUGUAAGACUUGUGACCAUGUUGAGGACUCCACACACUGGCUUCAGAUUGAACCCUUGACUUCCACUGUCCAGGGAGUGACAAUGUUCAGGCACAGGACACCCAAAGGGAGUUAUGAGUGCACAGUGUCUGGGCUCCGCUGGCUGUGUGAGAGAGAUGUCAUUCUGAAGUAUCACUUCAGGAACUGGGAACCCUACAGUCAACUUCUGAAAGACAUGCAGUACACACAAGGUGGUCCAUUGCUGGACAUCACUAUGGAGUUAGGUGAACUGGAGGAAGUUCAUCUGCCACACUUUGUCUGUUUAGGGACCAACCCUUCCCUGAGGAAUGAGAUGAAGAUUCUUCAUGUAGAGGAACAUGGAGUUUCUUUAGAGGAAGUGCAUGAGGUCACCAGAUUCCAUGUUAAGAUUCUCCAUCCCAAGUUCUCACCUAUCUCUCUGAUACUGAGGUUACUGUCUUGGAACGUAGAUGUCCACUGUGAUGUGGUCCUCUACAUGGCAGUAAAAAGGUCAACAAUAAUUUCAAGGCUGUACCUGCUCCUCAGAAACUCCAGUCAGAAAGAGGCUGUUCAGGAACGGGAGAAAAAUCAGGUGUCCAAAGGAUUUUCAGAAUUCGUCCUGUCAAGUCCAAACGGGUCCUUAAAGCUGAACAGUUGGUUUGCGUUCAAGAAUCCCCGCUCCACUUCCAUCAAUCCAGAGAAGAUUCAGCUGUUACCUGCAGACACCACACCAAGCUGUUGUCAGAUGAUAAUGGGAAACACAGGGGUGGACAUUGAGAUGGAGUUAAUCGGGGAUGAUGAGAGGACAGUAUGGAAAUCAGUGUUAUCAAAAGAUGUGUACAGCAACGACUCUCAUCCAACAUCAUUAACACUCCUUGGGAUUCCUGCUGAGGCGUUUCUGAAGAAACACAGGGCUAUACUCAUUCAGGGAGUCAAAAACACAAUGCCAAUAGCAGAUAAUCUGUCGUCAAAGUACAUGAUUGGUGAUGAAGAGUACUCCAGAAUAAAAGCUGAAACAACUGAACAGGAGCGAAUGAGAGAACUACUGAAUGCAGUCCUCCCUAAAGGACCAGAAGUGAUGGGAGCUUGUCUCAAAGCUCUCAGUGAACAUGAACACCAUCUUGUUAAGUACUUGAGAGAAUCUAGCACCUAAUCUGAAGAUACUGAGGCCUGUCUCCUAGUCUGUGGACAAAGACACUUAAAUGAUUUUAAGGGAAAUGUUUGUUUGUGCUAUUCUUUUAACAAAUGUCUGUUUUAUUCAUGUGCUGUUCUGUAAACUAAUGUGUGUGUUCAUUAAGUGUCUGACUGUAGAAAUCCUCACUAUCAGUAGCUGUAAUUUGGCAGUAAGGCCAGACGUUGGUUUGAGAACGAGAUAUCUUAGUUUCAAGGUCUCAUCUUAGAGAGAAGAAGUCUCGUGAGGUGUUGGUCUGUCAAAUGCUAUGAACCAGUAUUGGUCGGUCACAUGAAUGAAGCAAACAGUAAUGAUUCAUUAAUUAUGCUAAAUCAUGCAAAUUUAACUUGUCUGUGUAUAGCCAUAUAUAAGAAAACUGCUGGGGCUGCCCCAGGCAUAGCCCCUGAUUGACAUGUGUACUAUGGUGCAUUGAGUUGGUUGGAACCUCUCCAGCUCACUGACAAUAAAUAAUGAUUCAUUUAA